AUGGAAUCAGAGGAGGUGGUCCGGGGAAUGCUGUACCUGUCUCUCACUGUGGUUGGAGUUCCAGGAAACAUUGCUGUCAUCGUGGCAUUCCUCCUGGCACGGUACCAGGAGCAUCAGCUUCUUCCUGCUGACGCCAUUGUGCUGCACCUGGCCUGUGCCAACCUGCUGGUGGUAAGCGUGCGCUGUCUGCUGGAGACCCUGGCCACCUUCCGCCUGGUCAACAUCUUCGGGGAUACGGGCUGCCAGGGGGUGAUCUUUGUCUACCGUACGUCUCGCUCCCUCUCCAUCUGGCUCACCUUUGUGCUGAGUGCCUACCAGUGCCUGAGCAUCGCUACUCCCGGCUCCCGCUGGGCCUCCAUCCGUGUCCUGGUGGCUCGCUACCUGGCAGUGAUCUUCCUCACCCUUUGGGUCAUCAAUACCUCCAUGAGCUCGGCAUCCAUAGCCUUCUCCCUGGGCUCCCGGAAUGACUCGGUCAACAUGCAGCACAGCAUUAAUGUUCAAUUCUGCUAUGUUCGCUUUCCUACUAUGCAGUCCAAACAGGUGAACGGGGCUGUCCAGGUAGGGAGGGACGUGGUACCUAUGGGCAUGAUGACCCUGGCCAGUCUGGUCAUCCUUUUGUUCCUGUACCGCUACAGCCAGCAGGUGAAGGGACUCCGCAGCAGCUCUGGGGCCAGCGGUGGGGCAGAGCAGCGGGCGGCUAAGGCUGUAGUGGCCUUGGUGACCCUGUAUGUGGUCCUCUAUGGGGUGGAUAAUGGACUGUGGGUAUACACCCUCACCGUGAGGAAGACCAUGAACUCCUCACUGAUCUCAGACCUGCGCAUAUUCUUCUCGUCGCUGUAUGCAGCACUCAGCCCCCUGGUGAUCAUAGCCACCAACAGGAAGGUGAACAGCAGGCUGAGGUGUGGUGCAGGAGAGGCCCGUUCAGGACAAAGUCACUACACUAUCUACUGUGUGAGUUAGGGACUUAUUGUAGUAAGAUGGUAACAAAGAUGAAUAAUGUUGAUUUAUAAAUUAAUUAUGUUGCUAUUAGAAUAUGGAGUAGAAAACACAUAGACCCAACAUUGUACAUUGUUAAAGGCGUGGCAAAAGUAUCUUGACCUCUUGUACUCACAUGUUUUAAGAAUACUUUUCUUCUGUUUAAUAUGGUUUAAUAUACUGUAUAAAGUUCAUGUUUGAGCUGUUUUGAUUAUGUGGAAAAGUUGGUGGCAAGCUUGGAUUGAUGGAACUCAAAGGUCAUGAAACCAAUAUAUUGCUACAAAUGUGCCUAGAACAUGCCUACAAAUUUAAAAAUGAGCAUCACAAGUAGUGUUUGAGCCUUUUCUGUCAAAGUCCUAUUAGUAAAAUUGCCAUGAUAUUAAUCAUUCCAUAUUUGUCCUGUUAUCACUUUGUUUGUUCAUUCAUUAUGCUCCUUCAUCUUAAUUGGAUGGAAACAUUAUAACUGGAUGACUAACAGCACACUAUAGCUGUCAAAUGACUUCCAGCAGUCUCUUUCAUUGUUAUUAACGAUUUGAAUGAGAUCUGUGAAGCGUCACACUGCUAAUGAAGGUAGUUAAUUGCCCCACAGAGACCCAGGUACAGUCGCAUGAGAAAACCAACUCUCUUUAGAACAAGAAAGAUUCACUCUGAAUAUAAAUAUCUGAUGUAAAUGUGAAAAGGAUGGUUUUCAUUUAUAGGUCAAAUAAUAAAGAUGAGACUACUAAGAUAAUAGUAUAUGAUUGGUUGACAUUAUAAAUGUAGACAUUUCCAUCAAAUUAGAUGUUAGAUUAAGUUGCAUGAGCUGUUAUACCCUUGAUUGACUGACUUGCUAGGGGUGAUAUUUGCCAUUUGCAUGUAGUUAUAUUCCACUUCCGGAAUACAAAGGCUGAGUAAAAUGGACUCGGUGGGGUGGGGUUAGGGGUGUCUGUAUGACAACUUCAAAACCUCGAUUUAUGUACAAAGAGUGAGUCAUGAGUCAUCAAAUUGCAAUUACUACAAACAUUUUAUGUAUUCUUUGUAAGGCUUUGAAUUGUGUAUACCCUAGCCACAUUCUAAUUUUGUGUGUUGGAUGUAACUUGUUUUUUUAGAUGCAUUUAUAGCAGUAGAGUAUGGCAGGUCACAAAACUGCCAUGAAUGUAUAAUGGUAAUGAACAAAAAUCUGACCUUGCCCACCAUGUUCGUGUAAAGAUUGCAACUGUGUCAUACACCAAUCGAUAAACAUAAACAUUCCUUAAAUCUAAUGCAGGAAAUAACACUUUAUUCAUGUUUGCACCUCUCGGUUAGGCUUUUACUGAUCUAUGUAAAAAAAAAAAAAAAUUUAAAUUCUGUCAUAAUGCUGUAUCAUAAUCUGUAGCAACAUACACUAUGUCUGCAGUACAAUGGUCCAAACUAUUUUCCGAACAGGGCUAGAUCUUGUCUGUAAAUUCAGGUAAAAUCCUGCUAAGUUACUGAUUUGAGUCAAGAUUCAGAGCAAAGAAUCCAACUCUCCAAAUAUUUUCUCUUGAUGAUAAACUCCAUGUUUCUUACUCUUCAUACCACUGAAAUCUGAUUGGUUCAUGACACAGACUCCGGUGGAAUGAAGGAUAGAAUGCAUGGAUAAUUCCAGUCAGCCUAUGGAUCUUUUCCUUCAUUCGCCCCAAUUCAAAGCAGAGUACUCCUUGGAUCCUUGUCAGAAAACAAAUCACAAAAUUAGUCAAAAUGGAACAUUAGACACUGAGGAAAAACUGAGGAGUGAAGAAUUACAUACAGCUCACUCCAUGUGUCUGUGUAUUGUGUGUGGGCCUCUGUGUAGGUGUGCCAGCCUCUCACUGCACAAGAUGCAACCUGCUCCUGUACUGUUCCAUUCCUUCAGUGUGUUCCAGGCCCUGGUGAAUGCCUUAUCCCUGUUAGACAUUGGUAGAGGUGGGGCUUAAGCUUCUGUGGUCCAGAGUCACAUUGUUUUGUAUGUAAUGAUUUUUACUUUUGCAAUACUGAGUAGAAUAUGAGAUUUCAAUAUCACGACUGCUACCUAUCAAUUAAACGGUUGAAGGUUUGGGUCACUGCAUACCCUGUUUUAACAUCGAUACCGGAAGUCUCCAAUCUGACUCACCUUACUGGAGAUUGACUUUUCAACUCUUGGUUCUCGUUUGAUCCAUAUCUAAAAACAAAACAAAACACAAAUAUCAAACAUCAAGCAACAAUUUCAUCAAAAUAAAAAAUAUUUUUGAUUUUAUUUCUGAGUAAUCAU